GUGCAUGAUAUAGAAGCCUACAAGGGCCGAUAGGCUCUGGUUACCGGAAACAGGAAACCGGCUUAUACCGCCCUUAUACCUUUGAUCGGCCUCUGAUCUGGCGCCUACGCCUACCCUGAUUUUUCCUGCUACCGAUUUUGCCUUGAAUCUACCGAAUGCGAAUGCCACUAUCUACCGAUUUCGUGUUUUUCGAGUCGGUAACACUGGUGAUACUUUGACAGUACUUUCUACUGACAGUCAUGAGAGAUAUAUUUUGCUUUGUGGUCUAAAAUCCUGUAAAUAAUAUUUUGUGUUUGGAACCAUAUAAUCUGUGACGAGUCUCAUUCAUUAGAAAUUAGAAUUUUUUCCAGCAUGGAUGUAAAGAAAAAACUGAGCUACAAAUAAAAUAGUAAAACCGUCUAAUGGUUUCAUUAGUGUUAGCUGUCUUUCAAGAAAAUAAGGGGAUCAACAAUAAUGGAAAAUCCAGGCAAUAACAAAGAAAGUAAAAACUGGCUCUCUCAAAUAAGAUCCCUAAGAAUACGAAGCCGUUCAACAAGUACCAGCAACAAAGACGAGAGGGUGAUGUACCAGGGUGAAGCACCUUUUUUUAGUUCCGAAAAUAACUCAAACUUUACCCGAAGUAGCAGCAGUAUACGCAGAAGUAUCAUGAAGAUGCACACAAGAGUGAAAAGCGUAUUCAGGCGGAGGAACAGUUGCAGGAAUGCAAUUAUAUCUUCAAAUCCUGCUGCUUCAGAUGAGGACAAUGUCAACACUACAUUCAAUUUUAGGAGUAUUGAUAAGUCACUGUCCCUCCAAAACGACAGUCCUACAGUUCCUGCUCUGACACCAAGAAACCGCACAGUCCCCCAGUUGCUGGGCAUUCAAAACGGUUGUGCGCCCAAGAACGAAAUCGCAAAUUUAACUAACUAUUAUUGGUACUGGGGCCCCAUAUCAAGGCGACAGGCUGAGGAAAGAUUGAAAGAUUCUCCUGAUGGUGCUUUUUUGGUUCGGGAUUCAAACUCUGCUAGGUAUCUCUUUUCUCUGAGCUUCCGCAGUACUGGUCGUAUCAUGCACACCCGCAUCAACGUGACCUCGAGCGGGUACGGCCUAGCCAACCAAAUUGGCUACAACAGCGUCGCUGAUCUCAUCGAACACGCCAUCGAGGUGUCCAAGAAUGGCGUCUACUGCUACACUGGCACAACGACAAGUAAUCAGCUGGUGCCUAAUUUCCCCGUACGACUCACUUUGCCCGUCUCCAGGUACGACAAGGUACCAACGCUCAAGUAUCUCUCCAGGUUUGUCAUCAGGCAGUGCGUUAUCAUAAACGAUAUCGAGAAACUGCCCUUGCCUAAUUCAUUGAUAGAUUAUUUGCAGGAAGAUGGACGAUAUUUCUAAAGUUGAUGUUUUUAGUUAAAGCGCGCUUUUAACGUUUUAUUGGCACUCAGCAGUUGAUUCAUAACGCUAAUCUGGAGUAUGCAUUAGCAGGCUAUUAUUACGGGCAGAAGAAUGCUGAGGACAACCCUCCGCUCGUUUGUCCAAGAGUUAGUUGGUAAUAAAUGAAAAGCAUUUUUAUUUUCACCCUUCAAAGAAAAAUUGCCAAUAAAUUCAGUACACGUUAUUACUCUGUAAACAGCUGUUGCUGUUGAGUAGUGUAUAAAUAAAUGAAUGAAUAAUAUAUUUAAUUAUAUGUAUUAUAUACUGACAUAGAAAAAAGGACGUCUAAUAAUAAUGAAUUCAUUAAAAAUAUUUUCAAUAUGCGUCCUUUCAUUAAUUUAACCUGGUAAGUUUGGUUAAAGCUAGUCAAUGCUGUGACGUCAUAACAAAAAACCGGAGAAUGAAAGUGAAAAAUGCGAUAAGAAAUCACAAUUUUAGGUUAUGAUGAAAAUACAAUAAUUUCAUUCAUUCUGAUGUACAAGUACAGUGAAAUCACCUUUGGGCGGACAUCAACGGGACCGACUUUAAGUGUUCGUUUGUAUGAAAGAAAUAUAACAAAAAUCGCGUUUUUAAUGAAACCUGAAUAUAUUAAAGAAACUGGGACAUUUAAAACAUAUAUGUAUUAUGUAAAUGCUUUUAAAAUAAACAAAAAGCUUUAAACUUGAGAAAAAAAGGUUUGUCACCUUUAGAUAUAUACAAAGUAUGUACAUAUAUAUGUAUAAUAUAAUAUUUAUGUACAUACAUAAUAUUUGUAAUAAUACAAAACAAUGGAAUAAAAAGUCACUUUAUAUACAGGGUGACUUCGAAGUUGAGUCAUUUAUUUUAACA